AUGCUGUCCGACUGUCUGUCCGCCGAGAGCGAGCAGCGCUGCCGCCGGCUGCUAGCGGGGAGCACGGCCCGGUGCCGCGCGCACCCCGCGGCGGCCGCGGUGCUCGUGCCGCUGUGCGUGGUGUGCCAGGCCCCGGCGCUGCUCUACACGCUGCGGUCCCGCCGCCUGGUCGGCAGACACAAGGGCGAAGUCAGUUUCCCAGGUGGCAAGUGUGACCCUGCAGACCAGGAUGUGGUACACACGGCCCUGAGGGAGACCCUGGAGGAGCUGGGCCUGGCCGUGCCAGAGAAGUGUGUGUGGGGGAUCCUGCACCCCGUGCACGACCGGCAAAAGGCCUCCGUGAUGCCCGUGCUGGCCAGCCUGGGACCCCUGGAUCCCCAGAACCUCAAACCCAAUCUGGACGAGGUGGAUGAGGUGUUUGCACUGCCCCUGGCCCACCUGCUGCAGGCGCAGAAUCAGGGCUAUACCCACUUCUGCCAAGGAGGUCACUAUCGCUACACCAUGCCUGUCUUCCUGCAUGGGCCACACCGCAUCUGGGGACUCACUGCCAUUAUAACAGAGUUUGUGCUGCAGCUGCUGGCGCCCGGCAGCUACCAGCCCCGCCUGGCUGGCUUCCGAGUGCCCAAGUACUGAGGUCCCACCCGCAGCAGCCCCUUGCUUUUGGCUAGCCAGGUGGAUUCUACUCCAGGUCUGAAUAAAAAAACCUGUCACCCA